UGGCCUUGGUGCUGAAACAACGCGAUGCGACUUAACCGCCCGCGGCUGCGCGUACGCUAUCGCCGAUUUAUUUGAACAUGGAUUCGAAUUAAACGGGGAUGAGAACUCGAUUAAAAAAAUAACGUGCGCGCGCAGCCCAGCGAUGAAGUCGAAAGUGGUGGUUGUCCUGUACGGAGAGACCCGCCCCGUCAUAGGAACGCGGAAAGUCCACCGUUGACCGACUCGGGGCUGUGACUCUGAGCCGGGCGCCGGAUGCGUGAGGACGUCACGGCGGGGCGUUCCGCUGUCGUGCGGGGAGCCACCGGGAGUCGUGCCGGGAGGUCCGACGCGGGCACUGCAGCCGGGCAGGCCUCCACGACUCGCGCGGGAACAGCGAUUCCGCCUCCUCUUCUCAUCUCCGUAGCGUGACGCGCCAAUGAUGCACGCAUCCCCACACCGCAGUCGGCUCUCUCCUCCUCUGCCGCGCGCGUCCUCCUCUCUCGCUCCGCUCGGCGUAACGCCGCCGGCCGCCUGAGCAUGCUGCUCACGCCGACGCCGCCGUCGCUGCUGCUGCUGCUGAUGUCGACGCAGUCCUUGAGCGCUCUCGAGGGGGUUGCUGCUGCUGCUGCGUGGCCGCGUUCCCCUCGCCCCGUGAGUGCCGCGGCGGCCUGAAGCGCCGCGUCGCGCGUGCCGACUGCGCAUCUGUAGCGGCAGAGGUCAGAGAGGACGAGCGGUCUCGCAGAGCUUGACGAGAGGCUGACGCCAAGUGCGGGAGAGAGAGCGAGCGAGGGGGAGAGCGAGAGAGGGGGAGAGCGAGCGAGCGAGAGAGACACGAUGGAGGAGAGGCGCAAGCCGUCGCUGGUGCUGUCCAGCCAGAUGCCGGUGCAGGCGCUGGAGCGCUUCAUCACGUCUGGCUACCGCAGCCCCGGCUACAGCGCGGCGCAGUGCCUGCGCUCGGCCUUCAUGUGCACCAACGAGACGCUCAACUUCUGGACGCACUUCCUGCCGCUCUUCGUGUGUCUCGCCAAGUUCUGGCAGCUGCUGCUCCUGCAGCAGCAGCAGCAGCAGGGCGACGCGCAGCAGCAGCUGUGGCCGCUGUGCGCGUACGCGAUCGGAGUGUGCUUCGUGUUCACGUUCAGCAGCGUGGCGCACCUCUUCAACGCCAUGUCGCUGCGUGUGCGCGACCUCUGCUACUACUUCGACUACGGCGCCGUGAGCAUCUACGGGGCGGGCGCGUCCAUCGCCUACUACCACUACGUGAACCCCAGCCUCAAGGUACUCGACCGGGGCUUCAUGUCCGAGUGGCUGCGAGAGCGCUCGCCGCGGCUGCUCGACCCGAACGCGCACGGCGUCUUCUGCGCCCUGCUCGACCGCCUCUUCAAGCCCCUGGCGUUCGCCUUCUCCGUCGUCUGCACCGUCGCCUGCUGCCUCAGCCGCCUCAAGCGAUGCAAGCACCGCUACGCCAUCCGCACGCUCGUCUUCCUUCUGCCGCAGACCCUGACGCUGCCCGUCACGGCCGACCUGCUCGUCUUCUGGCCCGACGUGCGUCACAUCACCGCCGCCUUCGCCGCCAACUUCGUGCGCCACUUCACGUGGCUAUUCCUGGCGGCGCUCUUCAACAUCAGCAAGCUGCCCGAGCGGUGCCUGCCCGGCGCCUUCGACAUCGUGGGCCACAGCCACCAGUGGUUCCACCUCUUCACCUUCCUCGCCAUCCUCGACGAGAUGUACAUGAUCGAGGAGGCCAUGUCGGCCCACCUCGGGGGCCUCCCGGGCGCCGCGCCCGACUUCGCGUCCACCGUGGGCUUCAUGCUGGCGCUCAUCGGCUGCACGUGGGCCAUCAUCUACGUGUUCAGCAGGUUCACCGGGCGCCGGGCGGACGCCGGGGACAAGGACAAGUAGCCUCGCCGCCUCGUCCUCGCGGCGGCGAGCACAACGAGACCGCUCGUGUGUCUGUGUGUGUCUGUCACUUGUGUGUGUGUGUCUGUGUCUGUCACUUGUGUGUGUG